GGUAAGUCCGUGGCCACACUGGUUGCAUUUAACGUGCUCAAGACAGGCAAAAAUUAUGUUGUUUUUCUGCCCAUCGUGCGGCAAUAUAUUGAUCAUUGAGGAAGAUACAGAUAGCCACCGCUUCACAUGUAACACCUGCCCAUACAUAUCGAAGAUCACGCGUAAGAUAUCAACGAAAACCUUUCCCCGCCUCAAGGAGGUGGAUCACGUUCUGGGUGGCAAGGCGGCGUGGGAGAACGUCGAUUCGACGGACGCUGAUUGUCCUUCGUGUAGCCACAAGCGAGCCUAUUUUAUGCAAAUUCAAACCCGGUCGGCUGACGAGCCCAUGACUACAUUCUUCAAGUGCUGCAACCACCAGUGCGGUCACACUUGGCGGGACUAA